UUCUCAAUGACUGGACUGUGUGGGUACUCUGCUCCAGACAUGUGUGGCCUCAGACUCAUCAUGAUACCAGUUGAGCUGCUACUUUGCUACCUCCUGCUGCACCCUGUGGAUGCCACUUCAUAUGGAAAGCAGACAAAUGUCUUGAUGCACCUUCCCUUGUCCUUGGAAUCCCAGACACCCUCCUCAGACCCCUUGUCCUGCCAAUUUCUGCACCCAAAGUCACUGCCUGGUUUCAGCCACAUGGCCCCUCUACCCAAGUUCUUGGUAAGCCUGGCUCUAAGGAAUGCCCUGGAGGAAGCUGGUUGCCAGGCUGAUGUUUGGGCUCUACAGCUACAGCUCUACCGCCAGGGUGGUGUGAAUGCUACACAGGUCCUCAUCCAGCACCUUCGAGGGCUCCAGACAGGCAGAAGGACACAGAGGAACGUGUCAGUGGAAGCCCUGGCCUCUGCUCUGCAGCUGUUAGCCAGGGAGCAGCAAAGCACAGGAAGGGUCCGGCGCUCCCUCCCCACAGAGGACUGUGAGAAUGAGAAGGAGCAAGGUGUGCACAAUGUCAUCCAGCUGCUGCCAGGAGUGGGAACCUUCUACAACCUGGGCACAGCUUUGUAUUAUGCUACUCAAAACUGCCUGGGCAAGGCCAGGGAACGAGGCCGAGAUGGGGCCAUAGAUCUGGGAUAUGACCUUCUGAUGACCAUGGCCGGGAUGUCCGGGGGACCUAUGGGUCUAGCAAUCAGUGCUGCACUUAAACCUGCAUUAAGGUCUGGGGUUCAGCAGUUGAUCCAGUAUUACCAAGAUCAGAAAGACGCAAACAUCUCUCAGCCAGAGACCACCGAGGAGGGUUUGAGGGCCAUCUCAGAUGUGAGUGACUUGGAAGAAACAACUACCCUGGCUUCUUUCAUAUCAGAAGUAGUAAGUUCAGCUCCCUACUGGGAGUGGGCCAUAAUCAAGAGUUAUGACUUAGAUCCUGGGGCUGGGAGUCUUGGGAUAUAAAAGAAGGUGGUAACCACAGAACUAAUAAAUCUAAUA